GUUUCCGUCACGACAACAGAGCUCAGGAGGCUGAUUAAAAGUGAACAAUUCUUUCUCGACUCUCCAACCAAUGCAUCCUAUCUCCCACUUCCAUACUCCAAAGGACAGCGCGUUGUGUGCUUCUCUCCUGCCCAGAGCCAACACCGGGAUCUCAUGCACCUGCAAGAUCAAUCCCGCCCUGAACUGCAUAGCCGCUAUUGCAUCAAGCAUGGUCAUUCGGCGCCGCUUUGAACCCCGGGCCUGUGUGGAGUAUCAUUGACGCCGAGCCACCGGUGGACCGAGUUGACAUGGCACCGCCCAAGAGCCGAGUCCGUAAAUUCCACCGCCGUAGCAAGAACGGCUGCACGACAUGCAAGCAGCGCCAUGUGCGAUGCGACGAGCGCAAACCACUAUGCACGAACUGCCUGCAGACCGGCAAGGACUGCAUCUACCCGGAGUCCGAACCCGACCAUGAUUCUCGAGCCGCCUCCGAGUCGGUCGCCUCCGAGGCCUCGGCCCCUCUUGUCAAUGUCGUGUCCCACCAACCAUUUGCCGGGUUCUCAGGUGACUACCAGAUGUCGCCCAUGUCGCAGUGGCUUUGGCACCAGUUUUCCACCUUCUACGUGAGGGGUCAAACCCCGGUUGAGAGGGGGCAAAACUUGUGCAGCGUACAAAGAACGCUGCUGCAUCCAGGUCUUCUUCAUGGGUGCUUGGUUGUCGCGGCCUGUCAGUGGGCGUGGGUGACCGGUUCUCUCGAGCACGUCAAAGUCCCGUUUCUCUACCACAAGGCGGCGGCGUAUGAAUUUGCAAAGCAGCAGCUCUCCGAGUCUGCGGAGACCGUCAGUGACACGACCGUCUUCGCGAUAGCCACACUGGCACUCACCGAGGGGGCCGUUGGCGAUCUAGAUGCGUCUUCAAAGCACCUGCGUGGUCUUCACAGACUGACGCGUAGGAAGAAUGGCUACAACUUGAUGAGGUCGAACUUGGCGCAGCAGAUGUUGGAGAUGGCCGGAGAUCGGCUUCGCCGAGGUGAGGUGAACGUCAUACACGACGCCAUCAGCGCCGAUUUCCAGCCCAGCAUCAUCGCUUUGCUGUUCACAUCAUUGUGGGAUAUGGAAAGCCUACCACCGCGACAAGCACCAAGAUACGGCUGGUGGGAGGGUGACGAGACCCCAACGGACAGGCUUUGGCAGGACUACACCAAGAACCUCAACUGGGAGCUCUCAAGGGGGUUUGACCCCGAGCGCAACAUCGCCACCAUGUUGAACGGCGACGCAAAGAGCAGCAGGGCUAGCUACAUCGCCACCUUUUUCUACCUCGUCAUGGCGGUCAACGACAGCGAGAUGGAUUGCGUCUUGACGGUAUGGUUGCUGGAGCAGCUUAUCGACGACGUCUGCGACAGGGAGGAGGAUAUGAUUGCCGGCACAUUCAGCCGCAGUCUGUGGUUCUGGAGUGUCUUGUUCGGCGCCGCCGUAGCCAACACGGGCAGGCCCAUCACAGCAACGGGCAGGGAGCAGCUCGCGAAGUGGAGAGCGAUGUACGCGGCGAAGCUGGGCCUGGCGAGUAGUGUGAUGCGGCUUGAUAGUUGGCAAACAGCAAAAGCAGUUCUCGCCGAAGUCGCCUGGACCGAUGGUUCAGAUGCGGAGGGGCGGCUACAAGACAUUUGGGAGGAUUCAGUAGUGGGCCGGGGCGUCCAGGACCGGAUCCUCGAUGUGAGCGGAGGAGGGACUUGGUGAGAUGGCGAGAGGAGAAGGGGACGACUGCCAAUGGCAUGGCCCUUCAACCCAGUCGGAGCAGAAUCUCACAGUACUGCUGAGAGGUUUUUGAUCUUACCACAAAUGCCAGUCAAAGAAUGGUCUAGGCAGGAUGAAGAUGAAAUCGAGACGGGGAAAAUGCUCUUUCUUUGCUGUCGAGGUCUGGUCUCAAAACUACGGGGACUGGGUUCAAGCCAGGCAGCUGGCAUGUGCGAAACUUGUAUCCUCGCCCACGUUGGGGGGAGGGGUUCAGUUCAGUAUGCCUGCGUUGCGUUGCCACUGCCCAACACGCAAACCGAUCUAUCGACAAAAGUGGAUCGCUACAGCAAUUGUGCCUAGGCAGUAUGCGGUGAUUCACACUUUGAUAUCCGUAGCAAACCCCAUGGACUGCAGGAACAAACGGGGUCGUCUAGGGCCCUAUCGCGAAGAAACCGAUAGUCAGCCGUAGCCCAGGGUCCUGGGAUGGAAGAAGUAGACAGACACACCUUGAACAGCUGGACAUCCCAACACGGCAUACCGUUCGUAGAAUUGAGUCUGGAGAAGCUGAAACGGGAGAAUAUUAGACUGCAUGAAGAAAUCUCGAGGCGUUCCGCCCGCCGCUAGUCUUAGCUAGUGGUCUCGUGGCGUCGACGCUAUUUGAGCCUGGCCAACUAACU